AUGAAGUUAUAUUCUGUAAAUAAUCAAGGAUAUUUGUACGGUCGAAGACAGCUUGAAAGCAAUUCCGAAUAUGAAUUAUCCCGCAAGUUCAUUAAAGAGUAUUUGAUGCUAGAUGAUUCUAUCUUUAGUCAUAUGGAUAAUUGUUAUUAUUUAGAAAAUUACUGUCAUAUCGAAAGGCGUGGUGGACAUCGAUAUUUGCGACCAUCAAAAUGCUCCAAAUUUGUUCUAGAGCAAGGAAAACAUCUAUUUUACAAUUACCAAUGGAAUUACAGUUACCAUGGAACUUUCACGGAGAACGUCAAGAGCAUCAUUAAGUUUGGUUUAAAGAAGCCUGGGUCGCGUGCGGGCAAUGAUAUAGUUAAAUCGAAACAUGGAACGGUAUAUGGCGAGGGGAUUUAUACCUCCAAAAUUCCAUUGUAUGCUCAACAAUAUGCGCCAACCGUAAAGUGGUUAGGUAAAUACAUCCAAACGAUCUUUAUGGUUAGGCAAAAACCCGAAUCUAUUGAUUUUACAAAUGGUGAACGGUCUUACACAUUAGGAAGGAGGGAUAUUCAUAAGUUGUACAAGGGUCAUAUUUCGGAAGAAGAGAUUCAAUUUGUUUGCUUUGAAGAAAGUUCAUGUGUAUUGCAUGCGCUCUUGAUAAAAGUUCAUGACAAAGAUCCACAUUCCAUUGGAGGGGAAGAUUAUAAAAUAAAAGAGAUAUUGGAUGGCCUCGCGGAUUAA